AUGAAACGACAUGCAACAUCCCCCAAGCGAAAACUCGGAGAAUCUUUGAAUACUAGCCAACAGUACCGUUCAGCGCUUACACAAGCAAUUAAAGCAGCGAUUCAUGCAGAACAAUCACCGCCCGUCGGCGACAAUAAAUCUGCAAAGCAAUAUCCGUUACCGCCACAGCUACCUUAUUCAAAUCGUCGUCCGAGCUCGGAUGCUCAUAUCCGGAUGCCAACGAAAGUCAGAUGUCGUAUGUUGUUUCCAAGUUCCGGCCAUACAGGUUUCGACACAAUCAAAAUUUCAUCUGAAAUGCCACCACUCGAAACAGUACGUGAAAUGAUUCUUUAUGAAACACGUCUUCGAUUAUCGGAUCCCAUUCAAGAGCUCAUGGACUUGUACCACAUGGAUGAAGAUAGCGUUACUUUUAUACAUGAUGUUAUUCAACAACAUGUCGUCGAACAUUUUGGAUAUCGUGAUGUGAAUGCAUUGCGAACUGCUUUACAUCGUUUUCCAGAUGAUCCUAUAGUGAAGGAAGCGUUUUAUGUCAAGUAUAAUCGAGUCAGCCAAGGUCUAGUCAAUUGCGGCGACAGUGCUCGGGACAUUCAUUUGUUCACUCUUGAAGGUCAUUCAACAACGUUAUUUUCACAAAUUUCUGCUGGUCAACCUCUUGUAAUAUUGGCCGGUUCCGGCAGCUGA